AUGGAGAGCCUCAGCUGGGAGGCCCAUUGUCUCUGGUCUAUGUGGCCCUUCCUCCGUCUAAUCGACAACAUCUUGUUCUUCCAGCAUCACCCCUCUCUUCCCAACCGUCUAGUGGUCCCUCGCACUCUUAGGCCCCAGGUCAUCCGUGCUACCCAUGAAGAACUGGCACAUUGCGGCCAAGCCAAGACACUCGCCGCGGUUCGUCAACGAUAUUGGUGGCCCGAUCAGCGACGCGACGUAGUUUCUGUCUGUCAGACGUGUCAAACUUGCGCUCAAAUCAAGGACCCUGUAGUCCGUCCCCGGGCGCCACUGGAACCAAUGUCGGCAGGCUUCCCCAACCACCGCAUCGGCUUAGACAUCAUCGGACCUUUAUUUCAGACUAAGAAAGGCAAUCGCUUCAUUUUGGUUAUCGUCGACUAUUUCACGAAAUGGUGCGAAGCCAUCCCACUCCCAAACUCGGAAAGUUUAACUGUAACAGCGGCUCUAGUCGAUCACUGGAUCGGUCGCUAUGGGUCCCCCUACAUCAUCCACACGGAUCAAGGAACCGCCUUCGAAAACUACCUAUUCCGUGCCCUAUGUCACCUCCUCGGCAUAGUCAAAACGCGCUCCUCACCUUUCCACCCAGCCGGGAACGGUCAGACGGGACGCACGAACAAGACUCUCGUGGCGUUCCUCCGCAGCAUGGUUGAUUUGUCCCGUGCAGAUUCCUGGGAUGAUCUUCUUCCCCGAUGCCUCUUGGCCUACCGCGCCACCAUUCACUCCUCCACUUCAUUUAGCCCCCACAUGAUGCUUUUCGGACGCGACCUGCGCCUCCUGUCUGACGUAACUAUCCCACACGGCACCCCGGAAAUGGCACAACCACACCGGUAUCUCGAGCAGCUCAUUGACUCCCUACAAACCAUUCACUCCACAGCCAGAACGAAGCUUCAGGCUGCACACUCCCACCAGAAGGAUUAUUAUGACCAUCUGGCACACGGAACUCAAUACGAACCCGGCGACCGUGUUUGGUUGCACAACGACCAACCCCACGCCGGGUAUGCCAGUAAGUUUCAUCGUCAGUGGUCUGGACCCUAUAUCGGCCUUCGACCGCUCUCAAAUUCCGUCUGCCGCAUUCGCCUAGAAUCUGAUCCCUUCGGCCGGAUUAUCCAGGUGCAUUUCAAUCGGCUUAAACCAUGUAUCAACCCUCCCAACACAACGUUCCAUCGACCUCCCACCCGACCACAUCCCUCACCACCCUUUACACUCCACCAGCACCCCGCAACGUCAUUCUUCGUACAACUCGCGCUGAGGACAGCGCUCAAUCCUGAUGGGGGGCAGUGUCACGAACCUAUCCAGUCAACGGUACCUUUUUGCUACUCAAUACUUUUAUUUCCUUUUUCAGGGCCACGUUCAACGCCCACAAACAACCAGAACAACCACCAGGGUCCCGCUAAUGACCAAUUUGUCUAA